CUUUUUGCUUCAAUUCAAAGCUUUCUGGACAAGGAGCCCACACCAAACAUUUAUCUUUAAAAUAAACUCGUCCAAAUCUCAUUUCUCUUGUCUUUUUUUUUUUUUUUGAGUUUUUCCCCUCUGUCGGCUGCCAUUUUAUUCUUCAAAAUACAGCAAAGCUAGAGCCCCAUUGAACGAUUCGCAUGUAAGCUUCUUUCUUCUCUGUUUCGUUACUGUAAUCAAGAUCUGAUUAGUUUCUGCUACUGGGUUUUCAAAAACAAGCAAAACCCAUGAAGUAAUCAUCUUAGUUUCUCGUAUUUGCUAUUGAAUUUUGUUUGUUUGUUUGGUUUACCUGGAGAUCUGGUUCGUUUUCUGGAAUUGGGUUUUCGAGGAUAAUGAGGAAACCCACCAAGGAAUCUGAGCUGAGCACCGAGCCAAUCGGACAGAACCUGAUAAAACUGAUAAGCAAUGUGUGUUUCUCUGUGUUUGUGUUGUCGGUGCUCAUAUUCACAGCCAUUGCCAUCACUUACCAGCCCCCAGAUCCAUGGCUGGAAUCAGCACCUUCCUUAACUAAGCUCUUCACUCAAACUGAAAAUGCCACUUUCAAAACCGAUGACUCCAUCAUCAAAACCGGUGAAGAUUUGCUUUCUGUACCGGCUCCGGCAGUUCCCCCGGCUUUAUCGGCAACACCCUCCGAUUUGGCGGCAACGCCCCCUGCUAUGGAGGCCACUCCCCCGGCUUUAUCAGCAACACCCUCCGAUUUGGCGGCAACUCCCCCUGCUUUGGCGGCCACUCCCCCUGCUUUGGCGGCCACUCCCCCCGCCUUGUCGACAACACCCCCUGCUGUGUCGGCAUUGCCUCCUGUAGUGUCGGCAUCGCCCCCUGUUUUGGCGGCAGCUCCCCCGGUUUCAGUGGCAAUGGUCCCUGUUUUGGCGGCUGCACCCCCUAGUUCAGUGACAAUGGCCCCUGCUUUGGCACCCAAUCCCGUUGCUGAAACCAUGAUUGAGAUGUCCAAAGAGAACAUCUCAAAUUCGAGCUUCAAAUCCGUCUGUGAGGAGUUAAAAGCUGUGAAUUGCUCGGAUCCUCGGUUUCUUCUCGCAGUCAAGAAAUUCAAUUUGAAAACUUUCAAGUCUAUUGUAUUCUUGGAGUAUCAAACUCCGGUCAAGGGGACAAAACCGGAUGAAUGUGAUGUUUUUUGGAGGUUUAGGAACAAGAAAGAGAAGUCUUGGAGAAAGUAUAGGGAUUUCCGAAGGUUCCAGUUCGGGAUCGGUGAGAACUGUACCUAUAAGGUUAUGCAUACUGGUCGGUGGCAUUCGGGAAUCAAUGCUAGGCCACCUCGGAUUCGGCCUAACACCACAAGGAGUGGUGGCGGGAACUGGAAGCCGAAGCUUGCACCACCUGUACGGGACGAUGAGACAAAUGAUACUGUUCCGACUUUGGGUUCGGAAACGAACUUUAGGAAAGGGAAGUAUCUGUACUAUGCAAGGGGAGGGGAUUACUGCAAGGGAAUGAAUCAGUACCUGUGGAGUUUCUUGUGUGGUUUAGGGGAAGCUAUGUAUUUGAAUCGGACAUUUGUGAUGGAUUUGAGCUUAUGCUUAUCCGCGACUUACAGUUCGAGCAACAGAGAUGAGGGGGGAAAAGAUCUUCGGUUUUAUUUCGAUUUCGAGCAUCUUAAGGAGACGGCGUCCAUCGUGGGGGAGAGCGAGUUCUUGAGAGAUUGGAAGAAAUGGGAUAAGGAGCAUAAACGAAAAGUGCCUGUGAAGAAGAUAAAGACCCAUAAAGUCACACCAAUGCAACUGAAGAAAGAUAAGAGCACAAUCAUAUGGAGGCAAUUCGAUGUUCCGGAGCUGGAAAACUAUUGGUAUCGGGUGUGUGAGGGGCAAGCAGCUAAGUACAUUCAUCGGCCUUGGCAUGCGAUAUGGAAAUCGAAGCGAUUGAUGAAUAUCGUGACCGAGAUCAGCGGAAGAAUGGACUGGGAUUUCGAUGCUCUGCAUGUGGUUCGAGGGGCAAAAGCACAGAACAAACAGCUUUGGCCGCACUUGGAUUCCGAUUCGUCCCCUGAUGCAAUUCUCACGAAGGUUAAAGAAAUGGUUCAGCCAUGGAGGAACCUUUACAUCGCGACGAACGAGCCGUUCUAUAAUUACUUCGAUAACUUGAGGUCUCAUUACAAGGUCCAUUUGCUCGAUGACUACAAGGAACUAUGGAGUGACAAGAGCGAGUGGUACAACGAGACGACGAUGCUGAACAACGGGAAUCCGGUUGAGUUCGAUGGAUACAUGAGAGUUGCCGUGGAUACCGAGGUACUUUAUCGGUCGAAGAUCCAAGUAGAAACCUUUUAUAAUUUAAGCAGAGAUUGCAAGGAUGGAAUCAAUACAUGCUGAAUAGGUUAUUUUGUGCCUUGAAUUCGUUCACACUGCUUGUUAUGCCUUUAAAUUCCUUGAUUUUGUUGUAAAAUGUAAUUUGGUUGAAAUUAAUUCAAGCAUGCUUUGUUA